AUGGCAACAUGAACUUUUUUAGGUCUUCAAGAUGGAGCUUCUCCUUUAAUAGAACAAUUAAUUUUCUUCCAUGAUCAUAUCAUAGUUGUUCUUAUUAUAAUUAUUACCUUCGUUGGUUAUAUACUUGCAUCGGUACUUAGAAAUUCACUUAUCAAUCGAUUUAUACUCGAACAUCAAACUAUUGAAUUAAUUUGAACUGCAGUUCCAGCAAUCAUUUUAAUUUUUAUUGCCCUCCCUUCUCUUCGGUUACUUUACUUACUAGAUGAAGUCAAUAACCCAUCUAUUACCUUAAAAACCGUAGGCCAUCAAUGAUAUUGAAGUUAUGAAUAUUCUGAUUUCCUUAAUGUUGAAUUUGACUCUUAUAUAACUCCCACUAACGAGCUAGACUUAUCAGGCUUCCGGCUUCUAGAUGUUGAUAAUCGAACUGUUCUCCCUAUAAACACACAAAUUCGUAUUGUAAUUACAGCAGCAGAUGUAAUUCACUCCUGAACAGUUCCAGCCUUAGGGGUUAAAGCAGAUGCUAUCCCAGGCCGACUUAAUCAAACCAGAUUUUUAAUAUCACGUCCAGGACUUUUUUAUGGACAGUGUUCAGAAAUUUGUGGGGCAAACCAUAGAUUUAUACCUAUUGUAAUUGAAAGUGUCAAUACAAAUUCCUUUUUAAAUUGAAUUUCUUCGUAUUCAGACU